CUGGUUAGACUCAGCAUUUCAUACCUGCCUGUCCAGCUCCAUCAUCAGCCAUCAUGGUCACUGUCACCAUCAUUCUUCAAUGACAUCAGAGAAGAGAGCUUCCAUAUGAGAGUUCCACUCCUGUUGCCCAGGCUGGAGUGCAGUCGCACGAUCUCGGCUCACUACAACCUCCACCUCCCAGAUUCAAGCAAUUCUCCUGCCUCAGCCUCCUGAGUAGCUGAGAUUACAGGCGCUUGCCCCCAUGUCCAGCUAAUUUUUUGUAUUUUUGGUAGAGACAGUUUUGCCAUGUUGGCCAGACUGGUCUCAAACUCCUGACCUCAGGUGACCCACCCGCCUUGGCCUCCCAAAGUGCUGGGAUUACAGGCAUGAGCCACUGUGCCUGGCCAGGGCUGCAGAUUUAGAUUUGAGUUUCCUAGGAGCCAAUGUCAAGAGGGAGAGGUAACCACUGCAUGAUUAUCAGCUAUUUCUGAUAUUAAAGCAGGAGAGAAAUUCCCAUUGUGAAAACUAAGGCGUCACAGCCAAUGGCUGAGGUUGGCCUCGUUAGCUGUCCUCUCUGGCUGUGGAAAAACUUCAGAGUAUUACCCUGUGGAGCCACUGGAUGGGACAUGGAGAUGGGGUGACCACAAAACUUACCUCUCAGGAGCUGCAAAGUGUUAUGGCUCUCCCCAACACCACGUUGGGGGAAGAAAGGCAGAGCCGUGGGGAGCUGGAGGAUGAACCUGCCACAGUGCCCUGCUCUCAGGGCUGGGAGUACGACCACUCAGAGUUCUCCUCUACCAUUGCAACUGAGUCCCAGGUCGGUAUUUACAUAAUCCAUCUGGAGGUGGAAUGUCGGUGGAGGCAGUCUCCCUGGGAGGCAGCAGGUCGAGGCCUUCCUUGGGAAGAAGCUGAGGCUGCAGGACUGGGGAGGGACAAAGUUUCCUAUUCCCCAAGCUGGCGUGAAUCGUUGGGAGGUUUAUUAUCUGGCAUGGAGUGGGAUCUGGUGUGUGAGCAGAAAGGUCUGAACAGAGCUGCGUCCACUUUCUUCUUCGCCGGUGUGCUGGUGGGGGCUGUGGCCUUUGGAUAUCUGUCCGACAGGUUUGGGCGGCGGCGUCUGCUGCUGGUAGCCUAUGUGAGUACCCUGGUGCUGGGCCUGGCAUCUGCAGCCUCCGUCAGCUAUGUAAUGUUCGCCAUCACCCGCACCCUUACUGGCUCAGCCCUGGCUGGUUUUACCAUCAUCGUGAUGCCACUGGGUGAGGCAGAGCUGGAGUGGCUGGAUGUGGAGCACCGCACCGUGGCUGGAGUCCUGAGCAGCACCUUCUGGACAGGGGGCGUGAUGCUGCUGGCACUGGUUGGGUACCUGAUACGGGACUGGCGAUGGCUUCUGCUAGCUGUCACCCUGCCUUGUGCCCCAGGCAUCCUCAGCCUCUGGUGGGUGCCUGAGUCUGCACGCUGGCUUCUGACCCAAGGCCAUGUGAAAGAGGCCCACAGGUACUUGCUCCACUGUGCCAGGCUCAAUGGGCGGCCAGUGUGUGAGGACAGCUUCAGCCAGGAGGCUGUGAGCAAAGUGGCCGCCGGGGAACAGGUGGUCCGAAGACCUUCAUACCUAGACCUGUUCCGCACACCACGGCUCCGACACAUCUCACUGUGCUGCGUGGUGGUGUGGUUCGGAGUGAACUUCUCCUAUUACGGCCUGAGUCUGGAUGUGUCGGGGCUGGGGCUGAACGUGUACCAGACGCAGCUGUUGUUCGGGGCUGUGGAACUGCCCUCCAAGCUGCUGGUCUACUUGUCGGUGCGCUACGCAGGACGCCGCCUCACGCAAGCCGGGACACUGCUGGGCACGGCCCUGGCGUUCGGCACUAGACUGCUAGUGUCCUCCGAUAUGAAGUCCUGGAGCACUGUCCUGGCAGUGAUGGGGAAAGCUUUUUCUGAAGCUGCCUUCACCACUGCCUACCUGUUCACUUCAGAGUUGUACCCUACGGUGCUCAGUCUUGGAGAAGGCAGAGCAUCUUAUCUUCUGUACUAUGUGACCCUGAGCCACGUCAGACAUCCUCUCUGGGCCUCCUUAAGAAAACAACCCCAAGGCUGGGCACUGUGGCUCACGCCUGUAAUCUCAGCAUUUUGGAAGGCCAAGGGGGGCGGAUCACUGAAGACAGACAGGGAUGGGGCUGACUGCACUGGUGGGCCGGCUGGGGGGCUCUUUGGCCCCACUGGCGGCCUUGCUGGAUGGAGUGUGGCUGUCACUGCCCAAGCUUACUUAUGGGGGGAUCGCCCUGCUGGCUGCCGGCACCGCCCUCCUGCUGCCAGAGACGAGGCAGGCACAGCUGCCAGAGACCAUCCAGGACGUGGAGAGAAAGAGUGUCCCAACCAGUCUUCAGGAGGAAGAGAUGCCCAUGAAGCAGGUCCAGAACUAAGUGGGAGUGGAGGCAGGCCCUCCACAGAAGCUCUGCAGCAGGGGCUGGGAGAGCAGAAGGGCAGGCCCUGCAACUCAGGCUGGGAGUAUCGAACCCUCUGCCUAGGGCCGGAGUUGCUGCCAGUACCCGCUCCCUCUGCUCAUCCAUCCUUGAUUAUUUGGCUUCUAGGAACAGUUGACUUCCCAGAAUGCAGUGGGCUGCUGGGCAACCCUCUCACGGUUGGGGAGGAUUCUGUAAAUAAAGGUGCCCCUUGGGUUGGGGCAGUGGUGACGAGCUGUGGGAAGAGCCCUGGAUAGGAAGCCACUGAGUCUGCCCUGGGCUCUGAUAAAACCUUCACCAUUAACUUGCUGUGUGACCUUGAGCAUGUGGCUUUCCCUCUCUGGGCCUCAGUCUGUUCAUCUCCCAAAUGGAUAAUGAAGCCUCUUGGGAGGCCCUACCAUAGGAUCUGUUGCCAUGCUCAAAUGAGUUACUGAAUAAGGUGCUUCUGCUUCUUCUAGAGAUGGUGCUAAAGAAAGGACUAGCAUAUGAGACUUCUGGUACCAAUGGGGCUGGUGGGCAUGCUGUCCACUGUGUGGUGCUAGGACUGCCAAUGCCAGGCCCAAGGGACAAAAAGAACAGAGCUUUUUGUUCUCAUGGCUGGCCCUGCUACCUCCGAGGCACCCUGCAGGGCAAUGCAUGUCAUCCCAACCCCCACACUCCCCAUCCUCCAACCCACUGGUCUCAUGCCCAAAGAAGAGUUGAAGGCAUGGGAGCCGACAUUUUAUUGAAGAAGCCACAGAGGCUGAAAUUCAAUAAACACAAGUUUUAUGAGUA